GAGGAGGAGGAGGAUGUUUCGGGGCAGGGGUCCUGUCUGCAGCUCGUUGUGCUCCGUGACAAAAGGAGAACCGGUCACCUCCUCGUUCCCCCCGCGCCCCUGUCCGGUCUGACUGAAUCGGCCGAACCAGCAGCAGUCUGGCAUGUGGGUCAAUUCCGGAACCGUCGGAAGCUUUGAGAUAACAAUGUGCAGUACUCACAAAACCACAUGGAAGAGUGAACCUGCAUUAUGUGGCUGGCUUGACUGUUUUGACCCCUCUAACAGGCUGCAGUGGAAGAAACACAAAGGGCCCUCUCCAUGGAUAUAGACACAGACUAUGAGCGGCCCAAUGUGGAAACCAUUAAAUGUGUGGUGGUGGGGGAUAAUGCUGUAGGUAAGACCAGGCUAAUCUGUGCCCGGGCCUGCAAUGCCACACUCACUCAGUAUCAGCUGCUUGCCACCCACGUGCCAACCGUCUGGGCCAUCGACCAGUACCGUGUAUGCCAGGAGGUGUUGGAGAGAUCCCGUGAUGUAGUAGAUGAGGUCAGUGUGUCCCUGAGGCUAUGGGACACAUUCGGGGAUCAUCACAAGGACAGGCGAUUUGCCUAUGGCAGGUCUGAUGUUGUAGUCCUGUGCUUUUCUCUGGCUAAUCCCAAUUCCCUGCGCCAUGUUCGCACCAUGUGGUUUCCGGAGAUCAAGCACUUCUGUCCUCGAACACCCAUCAUCCUGGUUGGCUGCCAGCUGGAUCUGCGCUACGCUGACCUGGAUGCAGUUAACCGUGCACGUCGACCGUUAGCAAAGCCCAUCAAACCGACUGAUAUUCUUCCUCCAGAGAGAGGUCACGAGGUGGCAAAAGAACUUGGUAUUCCCUACUAUGAAACCAGUAUCGUUGCCCAGUUUGGAGUCAAAGACGUUUUUGACAACGCAAUCCGUGCAGCCCUCAUCUCUAGACGACAUCUGCAGUUCUGGAAGUCGCACCUUAAAAAGGUCCAGAGACCCCUUCUCCAGGCGCCCUUCCUGCCUCCCCGCCCACCGCGCCCCAUCGUGGGCAUCCCAGACCCACCUCUCACAGACGGUGAAGGUCCUGACUCACUUUUCUGUCACCGUCUUUGUGCAGAUGUUCUUUUUCUUCUGCAAGGUGGCUCCUCCCGGGUUUUUGCACACAAGGUCUAUCUGGCUACGUCGUGCUCCAAGUUCUAUGACCUUUUCACCCUUGAUCUAGGUGGGUUGUGUACAGGGCAGCGAGGAGUGGAACAGGACAGGAAGGAACAUGUGGAAAGUGGGGAAGAGGAUGAGCAGAGCAGGAGAGGAGCAAAAGAGCAAGCUGGGCGCACUAAGAGCUUGGAUAUUGAUAAGGACGGGGUAGAUGGAGGCGUGAGGGGCUUGAAUCGACCCCAGCUGCUCCAGCAGGGGUCUUUGAGGACUUCCCAAAGUGACAAUGCGCUUCCUUCUCGAGCUCAGUACUCAUUGGGAGCACUAGGGACGGGUCGAGCACUGUCUGGAUGGGGAAGGGGAUUCCUAAGUGUGUGUCUGGAGCAUGUGGAUGAUCCCAUGACUGGACGACCUCGACUCAUGACAGUAGUAGCCAUGGAUCCACUUAUACAAGAGGAACCAUUUAAGGCGGUGCUUCAGUACUUGUACACAGGCAGUCUGGAUGAGAGUCGAAGUGAUCUGAUGCAGGUGGCCACCAUCGCUGAGCUGCUUGAGGUGUUUGACCUACGGAUGAUGGUGGCAAAUGUUCUAAACAGGGAGAGCUUCAUGAACCAGGAGAUCACCAAGGCCUUCCAUGUCCGCAGAGCCAACCGCAUCAAAGAGAGCCUCAAUAAAGGGACUUUUGCUGAUGUGGUGUUCCGCCUGGAUGACGGCAGCCUCCCGGCCCACAAGCCCCUGCUCAUUUCAAGCUGUGACUGGAUGGCCGCCAUGUUCCGUGGCUCUUUCCUGGAAAGUUACGUUGAUGAGGUAUCUAUUCCCAGCACCAGCACAGCCUGUAUGCGCGGGGUGCUUGAGUUCUUGUACUGUGGUCUCCUGACGCCUUGUCCUGGUUUGGAGCCCAUGGAGCUAAUUAUCCUGGCCAACCGACUCUGUUUGCCACGCCUUGUCGCCCUCACUGAGCAGCAUGCUGUGGAUGAGCUUCUUCAGCAGGCGGUGAAAGGAGUUGAUAUUGAUGGACAGGUGUUGGCUUAUCUUGAGCUUGCACAGUUCCACAAUGCCAAACAGCUGUCCGCUUGGUGUCUCCAUCACAUCUGCACUAAUUAUAAUAGCAUCUGCCGCAAGUUUCCCAAAGAUAUGAAGGCCAUGUCUCCGGAAAACCAGAAGCACUUUGAAAAGCAUCGCUGGCCUCCUGUGUGGUUUUUGAAGGAGGAAGACCGCUAUCUGCGCUCCCAAAAAGAGCGAGAGCGCGAGGAAGAGAUCUUGCGUAAACAGCACACUAAAAGGGGCUGGUGCUUCUGGAGGCACCCAUCCUCCUCUCCACACGUCUCCUAAAGACAUUCCAUUAAUGACUCUUCAUCCAGACGUGGAUGAUCCCUUCUAGGGAAGUAACCACCAUGCCCCCCGCCACCUCGUUAAAGUGUAUGGAGGAACUUCCUGUCUGUGGAUAAAACAAGAAAACAAUUCUCUGUGCUAAUAAUUUGGAAUGUCUGCAUGUUUGGGGGAGUGUAUGUGCCUCUUUCGAAGUGUGGUUGACCAUGUGGAUAUAUUUGGGUGUGUUGUGGGACAAAUAUGAGCUAAGCUGAAAGGGGCAUGUGCAUGACUGUGCGUGUGUGGAGUAUUGUUACUUAGUGAUGCUUCCAGGUUGAGUGCUUCACAGACGCCCUGAUCUAUAAAGGCCUGAGGCCGUGCAUUGCACCUCCCCUCCCUUCCACUCCUUCCUCCUCACAAUGUUUCGUCCUACCACCAGCACUCAGAACGUUUUGCCCUCUGAGUGAUUGGACUGGAUGCAAGGGCUCUUAUUCUCUCUCAUUCUCUCAAUCUUCAACCUUCACAUUGCCCUUAAUGACUAUUACACACCAACCACUGCAGCUCCCUUUGGGGGUGGGCGUUUACCUCUGCCUUUACUUCUACACAGACUGUUAGCUUAAGCUCACAAAACCAUGUGCAUAUUCUAACCUUGUAAAACCAGCUUUGGGUUUCCAGGAACUAACACUGACAACAAUUUUUAAAGUAUUUCUGUAGUGUUUGAUCUACUUUUGCACCUUUUGGGGAUGUUUGUAUCAGGAGAAAUGGUGCACACUUCCUCUGAGAAGUGAGCUGUCGCUUUUACUACCGGUCCUACAUACUUAGGAAGUUAAUAUGCUCUUAUCAGGAGGUUUGAUCUCAGAAAUUAGCUCAAGUAUAGUUCUGCUGUUGCUCAUCACCUAGCCCUGCAUCUUCUAAUCCCGUUUUCUGUGCACCACACUAGUGAAAAAGCAGAAUGCAGGCUCUGUUUUUGUGAUGCUUUUAGAGACACAGCCACUCUUUAGCACUGAUGGCCAUUAAAAGGGCUCGCCUUACUUGAUACCUCUGCCACAGGAGAAAUGGAUACAUUAUUAAAUGUUCUUAGCCACCAGGAUGCACUAAAGCACCCAUGCGGACACCACCAGGGGCCACACUGCUCAGGACCCUGACACUAACCUAACAGUGGUUUUUAUGCUUGUCUUUUCAUUGAUGGAGGUCAUCACUAAAACCCAAUCCUGGCUAAGUACUAAAAAACUGGCGAAAGCUCAUGCAACAUGUUUUAACAGAUUUAAAACCUAUACUUCAAUCAUCUGAAAAGCAAAGCUAAAGUUCUUGCUUUUUUUAAUAGUUGUUUUGAAUUGGAUAACUAAAUGUAGAGGGGACAACAGUGACAAUUCGGAGAAGAAGGUUGUUUAAGAUAUUUGGAUCACAUAUUUUGGGGUUGACACUAUCAAUUUUUAGUGUCAGGAAAAAAAAGUGUCACAUCAAUACGUUGCCUUCUGUUCCUGUUGCUGGACUAGAAAAAGGUGCUUAAACACUAACACAAUGUCCACAUGAACACAGACUUCAGUUAUGUCUCAUUGUUUAACAUUUAUUUGUGAAGAAGAUUUAGAAAUUUCACCAUAGCAUUCAAAUUUGACACUUUUUACCAUUUUUAAAUCUCAGUUUCUCCUUCGUUGUUUACUGACCGCUUCUACAAGUCAUUUUAGAUUGUGGAUGAGUUCUGUUUUUGCAAACAGUGCUUAAAAUCCUGUGUUAUUUCUUUAUUUUAUGCUGAAAAACAAAGCAACAUCUGGUUUGGCUACCUUGUUACUCGUGAUCUUCAUGGAUUUCAAGCAGUGAUGGUUGUUUCAAGCAGUUUGAGCAAAUUAUAUUUUCUUAAGGGUGCUAAUUUCUUUGGAUUUUUGUACUGAAUGUGGGGAAAAAUUGAGUUGUGAUUGUGAGUUUCCAUUAGCACAUUUUAUAUUGUGGGUUUGUACCCUUCAGCUUUACCCAGACAACCGUAGGACAUAGAUAGAUAGUGUGAGACAUGUGGUGCAUUCUGGCGUUUUCCACAGGAGGUGUGUAAAGUAAUUUUCAGCUACCAGAAUAGAAGUCAUAUAGGAUCUCACGUGGCCCAAGUGAGAAUUGAGAUGAUUUAUUUCCAGGAAGAGUAAAUGUGGAGAAACAAAGUGCAAAUCUUAGUAAACAUUUGUUGCAUCUGAUAUAAAGUAGAAUAAUUUCAUAGGCAAUUGAAGUCAUCCCAGUGUAGUGCUUUGGGAAGUUACAACUGAAACCUGAAGAAGAGAGAAAUAAAUGUAUAAAACAUUUUUUUAGAUUGACUUGUAUGGUCUCUUUUUGAUCCAUUUGGCCUCAUUUCUUGGUCCAUGUGCCUUAUAGUUGGACAAAAUUAAAUUAGAAAUUUAGCAACAAAUUUGUUGAAACUUGCAAAUAGGCCCUUCAGUCGUAGAUAUGAUGAAGCAGUCAAUAAACAAUCAAAUGUAAUAUGCGCUCUCAGUAAUUAUCUUUCUUAAUUUAAGAAAGGGAGUUUUUUAAGCCAACUUGAGCCAUGCCUUCACAUAUUUUUGGGCUUGUGGUUUUAUGCAGACGGUUGAGUUGUUCAAUACUUUAAGCUGUGUAAUAGAAUAGGUUGGUUCAAUCACAUGGCCUUAGAUUAGGAUGUUGUUGUUUUUUCUAGAUUAGGACAUGUUUCUUUACUGAGCAAGUGAUCAAAAAGUAGCUGUUAAAAAUGAUCAGUUGACUCUUGCAGUUUAUCUUCAACACCACUGACUGUGAGAAACAUGUUUUUAUAUAUAAAUAUACAAAAAGCACUGGCUGGCCUGUGUGCUGGGAGGUUGCAACCACUUGUAGAAUGUGGUUUAUUUGCAUGGUGCCCUUACUGUCAGAGUGACGUUAUAGUGUUGGAAUGCACUUUUUAUUGUUUUUUUUUUUUUUUUGUCUAUAGCUUUCUGGUUUGCAUAUGUUUAUACUUAGGUAAAAUCACUUUUAGUCCUGAUGACUGUAGCAUGAGAUUUUCACCUAGCAUUGAAAUUUCUCUGAUGUCGCUCCCUGAGGAGAUUAAUACUAAGACUCAUUGGCUUAUUUAGGGUCUCGUUGGCAAUGAACCGCCUGAAUGGCUUUACAAACAUGUCUGUCUUAUGAAAUUUUCAGUACAACUUAAAAAGUAGCAUUAGAAAAAAAAACAUAACUUGAAUAAACAUGCUGGGACAUCAAUGGACUUAUAGCUUGAAAAAAAUUAUGGUAGAUCUGUUGCCAUUCAAUGCCACAGCCGUCCCAUGUAUGCUGCAACUGUAGUUAAUCUUAUAAUUUAUACUUGUGAUUAAAAAAAGGUUUGGAGUAUAAAAAUGGAUUGUAGAUUUAAUAUCUUUAAUAAUGAAGUCCUAAGUGGUUUAAAGCAUGUAUGGAUUAAAUUGCAUGAAAUGACAGUGAAUCUGUGAAUGGCAUGGGCAGUUUCUGGGAUGAGGCAAAUGCUACUUUGUGUAACAGUCAAAUGUUUAGUACAAGUUUUUUAAAGUGGGCUUAUGUGGAGUGGUUAUGAGCAAAUAAUAUCAUACCUGUUGUAAUUUACGGUUUGAACAAUAUAAUUUUAGAGAAACAGAGUGUAAUUCUGGCUAGCUUGCGAUAAAGGCCAAUUCAAGCAGGACUGGGACCAAAAUGGAUUGUUUGCUGGCGUAAAACAACUCCAGUUACAAAGAAUGAAUGCUACGUUUUAAAACUCUUGUACUCUUGUUAAAUUUGCAUUGGUGGAAAUAUUACAAUAUUAAUGCUGGAAGCAUCCCAAGCUGCACCAGAAAUGUUACGGCCAGCUGCUGCUGAGAAAACCUUUCUUUCUGGAAAAAAAGAAGAAAUUUUCAACAUUUAAAGUUGGUUUGAAAUGGCAGCCUGCUUGGACUAGCCAUUAUUGGCUUGUCAAUCUGGUCAGAAUUAAACUGUUUUGUUUUUUAAACUGAGAUAAUACAUAGACCAAUGUACAAUGAGUAAUGUAUUAAUUGCUUGUGACCCUUCCACAAUGCAACACUUCAAAAGAUUUGAACUAUCAUUUUGAGCCUUGGUUUUGGGACCUCAAAUAAGGUCAUCUAAAGGUUAUGCGAAAAAUGCCUAAAAUUUGAGAUAAAAUUAAUUAGCCCUUGAUAAAUGAUUUGCAAGGAUUCCUACAAGCCAAAGUUAGAUAUUCUUGCAUUUUGAUGUUGGGACAUUGAUUUGUAAAAUGUGCAUUAAUGUCUAUUCUAUCUCAUCUUUUUUUGACUGUCAUUCAAUUUUAGACAUAGCAGUUCUUCCUAUUUUGCAGGCCUGACAUCCCAUCUUUAUUGUGAGGCCAAGCGACUGAGAGAACAACUUUUCUUUGAAGUGUUCAAUGUCUUCUUUCCUGUGCCUUCAGUGAAAUCUCACUCAGUGCACCAGUAGCCGCCUGGGCUCUGAAUAAUGUCACCUAAGCCAAGAAAUACAAGCAUAGAAAAAAAAAUAAACCUUUUUUAUACAACAUAAACUUAAGUGGAUUAUUGUUAGGUAUGUAGUCAUUAGGUAAUUGGAUGAUAACUUUAGGAAAACCAUCAAACUUGACAGGUUCAGUGUGUAACGUCAUCCAUGCUAACGUUUUGCAAUAGAUGACUUAAGUAUUCAAAUGCAUAAAGACACCAAGCAAACCAGCAGUUAUAGAAUAAUGAUUCUUCACUCUUCCAGGUGCCUGCACUUUCUAUUAUGUAGCCUAAUAAGAUAUUUUAUAUGCUUUUUCUUUAUUUUAUUGAUCAGCAUUAUUUUAUUAUUAUUUUUUGUUUCUCCACCUGGUCGUUCUCUCUAAGCCAAAGUCAGGAGUGAACUUUAUUGCUUCCAUUAUUUAUCUGCAAUGAAUGCUAUUGCAGGUAAAUUCAGUGUCCUUUAUGUUGGAAAAUAGUAUUUGUUAACAUAUGAUUGUAUUGAAGGCACAUUUUAGUUGUGACCUCUGUAUGCAUUUUGCUUUAAUGAAAAUGGUAUUUAUCCAAAAUACAGCACAGUGUUGUGGAUUUGAUGUAGGUGUCAGCUGGGGAUAACCUCUCACCUUUUUUAAUACUCAUUACAAAGCGUGUAUUAACUAAGUUAGUGUAUACAUAGGAUUGUAUGGGGUCAUUUAUAUUGACAUGGUGUAAUUAACUCCUGGUCUAUACUGUAAUUUUUAAGUGGCUCGUAUCUUCUGUAUAGUUUUGUUAUGCACUUUUGUUUCCAUGGACUCAUAUGUGUGUUAAUUACAUGAAAUGCUUAUGUUGUUAUGUUUCAUACAGUCAAAUUGCAAAAGAAAAGAGCACAGCACUCUCACCAACUAUUAAGGGCUUUAAAAAAAUGCAAACAAUCAGAAUGUUUAGCUCCUGUUGCAAAAAAAAAAAAAAAGUUUUGAAAAUAAAAUUUUGUAAGUUUUUUGAACCACUGUGAUUUGUACAAAAAACAUAAAAAAAGAAAUGGAGAGGAAAAAAAACGUUUUUUUCUUCUUUUUUUUUCUUCUUGCCAUUACAGUAUUUUGAUGUUUGACUUGAAUUUUAUUAAAACUGUUAAUCUUUUAAAGCUGUCUCAUGCAUUUGUUGUGGUGCAAAUGUUGUAAAGGAACAAUGUUUGUGUACACUUCAAUAACAGGAGAAAAAUGCUGUUGCUUUCUUUUUUUUUUUUGUAAAGUCCAUUAAAAUAAGUACGUAUAGCUAACCAUCCUUUUAAACAAAUGUAAAAAUAAUAAAUGAGAACAAAAAAUAAAAAACUAAGAAGAGA